UCUCAUGCCUGCCUGCCUGCCUGCCUGCCUGCCUGCCUGCCGGUAUUCUUAUCGAUUUUUGCACAUCUUGCCUGCCUUUGACAUUAUACAUUCGGCUUCUGCAUAAGUGGCUUACUUCUACACCUUAACACCAAGAAAAGUGUCACAAGGCUGUUGGCCACUGUGUUGUCAUACUGCAGAGAAAAUAUCCACACCGGGCAAGAGCAAAGUUGCAGAACUCUGAUGUAUUUCAGAAGUUGCAGCCUCCAGUUAAGAUCUUCAGUCUGGAGACAGCAGAAUUGGGAUCAAGCAGGGAGCUGCUGCCUACAGAACCUUCAUCAUGAGAUUCUCUUUCAAGAUCCCCUUUCUUGGAUGGUGGCUGACUGGGCAGUGGUGGAUGUGUGCAGAAUCAUAUCCCAAGCCCUCUAUCUCAGUGAACCCCAGUGGGGCAGUCACCCUGGGGGGAAAUGUCACCAUCCACUGUAAGAGCAAAGGCUACCAACAAAUGGAAUUCUACCUGCAGAAAGCAGCGUCUUCAUAUGUUGAUACUUUGAGCACUAAAGUGGCAGAGGAGGAAGAGGCUAUAUUUCCCAUUUCCCAUGCCAAACAAUCAGAUGCGGGUAUCUACUGGUGUAGAUAUUGUGCUAAAGCCUUCUGUGAACAACAGUGGUCAGAUUCAAGUGACAGACUGUAUAUCAACGUAACAGAUCCCAGCCUCCCCAAACCUUUCAUCAAGGUGAGACCUAGGGGACAGAGUCCUCCUGGUGUGAAUGUGACCAUUGAGUGCCAGGGGCCAGAGAAUGCUAUGAACUUCUUCCUGCAUAAAUCAAAUAACCUGAUAGCAUCACAGAUGGUCGGGCCAGCUAGAGACACAGCCAAUUUCUCUUUCACCAUGGAGAGGCUGGAAGAUGCAGGGAGCUACAGUUGUCAGUACCGUCUUAGAGGAAGUCCGUUUGUCUGGUCAAAGCCAAGUGACCCUGUGGAGCUGCUUUUGAGAGCUACCUCAUCUGCGAAGACCAACAUCUGUCUGGGAGUAUCUGGCUUGGUCUUGCUUGCGUUGGUGCUGAUUGUGGCUGAAGCCAUGUAGAGCUAGAGGAAGGAGAAGCUUUAAAUGUCCAGAGUUGACCUCUUCCAUCAGCCAGGAGUCUCCUCUGAAAGUGCACAAGAAGUCACCGGAAGCAGCUUCAUUUAUGUGCUAUGUCAAGUUUUUGUUGUGCUGAAGUUGUUAAUCUCAGAGCACAGUUUAACGAUGUGGCAGCAUCCAGGAAUCUUUGCGUGGACAGAAAUGACCUUGUGUUAAGACUCACUACGAAACUCUCACUUGGAGGGAUCUUCAAAUAAUCAAAAGGUUUUGCCUUUCUCUCAUUGGCCCAGUUGCCUCCUGCUUUCACUCCAUGCUGUCUAUCAUAUAUUUCUAGUUUUUAUACUGUCUAACCCUAAAUCCGAUCCAGACUGUGUAAGAUACAGGAGGUAAAGUUGUGCCAUCAGAGUCAGUGUCGACUUCUGGCAACCACAGAGCCCUGUGGUUUUCUUUGGUAGAAUACAGGAGGGGUUUACCAUUGCCAUCUCCUGCACAGUAUGAGAUGAUGCCUUUCAGCAUCUUCCUAGAUCGCUGCUGCUCAAUAUAGGUGUUUCGCAUAGUCUAGGAAACAUACCAGCGGGGAUUUGAACCAGCAACCUCUUGCUCUUUAGGCAAGUUACUUCCCCGCUGUGCCAUUAGGUGGCUAAGAUACAGGAGGAGCUAUGCUACAAAAUUGUGUGGAUUUUUGUCUACCUAUCACUGAGAGGUGCUGGUUCUGUCUGUGACCCCAUGUUAUCAAAACUGGUUAUCAAAAUCAAAUUUAACAACUAAACCAUCACAGACAGGCGGUGACAGCAACAGUGGAAUCCCAAUUCAGUUGCUUUUCUGUUUUUUCCCCCUUUAUUGGGCAGGAGUAGCUAACCUAAUGAAGUGUUUCUUUAGGGAGAAAGCAGCUUCUGCAAUCCAAGUGGGAAACGGAGAGUACUCUGGUCUGGUAAUGUCAGAUUUUGGCAAAAAAUAAAGAUGGUUUAUCACAGUGUCACACUUGUCUCCCUGUUGGGGCAGCUCCAUGUCACAGGAGGAUGGGGAAGCCAUAUUCACUUGAAGAGAAGGACAUAAUGAGUUCAUUCACACAAUCAAAAACUGCAUUCUGUUACCGAAACAGCUAGGCUUGGGGCUGCCAGCAGCACCCCUCUAUGUGUUUUGGAGUUGCAGGCUUGCAACCUCCACCCUGGAUACUUGAGCUCACAGGACUGUGAACUCUGCACAUGCUCAGAUAUGCUAUUUGGUUGCUUGGCACAAGCAAACAUGGGGCUGCAUUGUCCAAGGUCAGGAGAAUAAGCAACUGUAGGGAGUCCCCCGCAUGGCCUCUCUUUUGUAGAAAGUGGGGAAGCUAGCAAGCAGACCUAGGUCAAAAAGACCCUCACAUGAGAGAUAAUUAACUGCCUUCUUUGGCAACAGGGUUAACUCCACUAAUCGCUCAUAUAGCAACUCAGAUAAGCACGGAACAUUCCCAUCCUCCUAUCACUCUGUUAAUGACCUGGCAAGGACCCAUGGUAGGGUCCUUAACAAGAAAAAAAACCCUAUCUCUCUUGGGAAGAGAGGCACUCAGUGUUCCCUCUAAGAUGUGUGCAUGUGCACACGCUCACACGUUUUUUAAUGUCCACUCAGUUAAUUUUUGAUCCUGCUCGUGUUGAAUCUGGAAGGUCCCCUCUUUGAAUGCACGUGUGCACACACUGCCUUGAUACUGCUGCCUAGAACAAAACUCAUUCCGCACACAGAUGAAAAAAAUUAGAGAGAACACUGGAGGCACCCAUUCAAUAUUCCCACACAUCUGCAGACCAGCCAUUUCACCUUUUGUUUCCUAAAGAGCACACCUAUUUGAUUAGUUCAUGCAAGCAUGAACCUAUUUGUUACACACAGGUUUUGCCUCCUGCAGCUGGAAUGCACACCUUUUCUGCCCAGGGCACAUUUUUGGGUACAAAUACACAGGACUCAAACACAUGUAGAGAGAACUCAGGAAAGAACUCAGAUCACUCUAUACAGAGAGAGCAGUGGGAGCCUCUUGAACAUCAGGAGCUCUUCAACAUCUCAGAACAUCCAGGAUAUUUUGAGUACUCACACUUUUCUUCUGAUCCCCUUGUGGAACCAAGCGCCUCUCUGGUUCCCAUGCUUGCAAAUGGCUAGCUGGUGCCACUUGCCCCUCUUCCUUCCUGCUUUUCUGCUUGGCCCAUGUGGAGUGAGACCUCAACACACCCCACCCUGCAAGUGUGACCGACACACUACUGGAUAUUGGAUUAGGUAUUACUAAUUGCCUAUCUUCCUAACUCUCCCUGCCCACUUCUCUCUCUCCUUUGCUUCUAAAGCUACUCUCCAGACCCUUUCUCUAGCCAGCCUCGAGCUGAUUCUGCAAUAAUUCAAACCUUAAGCUAAAAAUGCCUCUUUGUGAGAUUCCAAAUGAGGACUAUUAAUUUUAUUAGUUUUGUUGCCUUCUUGCCUGAUUAAUCAUUUUUUCUCUUCCUGUACCCCUAAAUUCCUUAAAUAAAUCUGAUUGUACCAUA